UAAUUGCAAGGGGCAGCCUUUAUAUAUAUUUCGCAAACCACAGAUCCCUAAAACUCUGGCAUCCAUCAUCAAGAUUCAAGCGCUUGCGUCUGUGUUUACUCUUUUCCCUGAUAAAGCCAAAAGAUAGACAGAACUCUCAUUUCCUUUUGCUGCUGUGAGUUGUGAGAAUAACCAAAAGAACAUUUCUUGGGUCUGCAUCCUUCCUUUUUUCCUCACAGUUUACUCGCUCUGGUAUCCAUUUUCUUGAAGCACAAAAUUGGCAGGUGCCAGGUGGGGAACAGGAGGGAUACCGAUUAACUUUUGGGUCCAUUGUGUUUUUCUUCUUUGUUAUAUAUCAUUCCUGGCGGAAGUGGAAUCACAGCGUACAUUGUCUGCACUAUUUGUUAGCUUCAGAACCCAGAUUCGAGUCGUACAGCCUCUCCAGUCAUUGCUCUAAUGAUUUGAAGCACUGUAACUCUUAUGUCUGUUACCCCCUGCACUUUAACCCUUCUCUGUUUCUUCUGCUGCUGCUGCUCUGCCUCUCAUCAUAUUACAUUCCAAACCGCAGAACCUCGUAUAACUUUACUCUUGACACAAACAAAAGAGAAUUUCCUUCUUUAGAAUGUUGUUUUCACUGGAAAGAAUCUCAAGCCUGAAGCAAAUCUGCUUUGCAUGGAACCCCUCUAAAAUUUGAUAGUAGUUAAGGAUCGAUUCAAAUAGCUAGACAAAGAAGUAAAUGAACACAGCAAAGCCCAAAAUUUUCCGUAGCCUGACUUGAAGAAAGAAACAGAGAUGUCUGCGAAGAUUCUGCCUCGUUCCAAGGAUGAAAACAGAGAUCUGCAGAAGCAGAUUGGAUGCAUGAAUGGGAUCUUUCAGCUCUUUGACGGCCACUACUUCCUCGCUGGUCGACGCUCCGCUGCCCAUCAUCACAAAAGGCUGCUUCCAGGUACCUUUCUCUAUGCUGAAACUGCACAAACGGAAAUAUUUAGCUUUCUGACAUUUCAAACGUUUGCUGCAUGUCAAGGUGCCAACCGCCGGCGGGAGCCAAGAAAUGCAACAGAGAAGACAACUGGAACAAAAUUGGAGGUUGUGCAAGACCAACCACGAGUCUCCACUGAAUCGCUUGGAACCUCCUUUUCAUCGUCUUCUUGUUCAUCUACAUUUUCUUCGCUUGAUCAUAGCAAAACACUUCAAUGCAGACCACCUUCUUUCACCCAAAAUAAUCUUCUUGAAAGCACAAACGAAAUACCUGUGAAACGACAAAGUUCCUCGUUGCAUUUCAGCCAGCAAUCCCCUGAUAUCCGAGAUGUUGUAAAGGACUCCAUGCAAAGAGAACAUCGGCGAAUAUCAAUUAAAACUGCAGCUAGAGAAGAUGGAAGAGGCCGCACAUUGAAGCAUAUUGACUCACCAAGGCCUUUCCAGCAGCCCAAAACUGUACAACCCAGAGUUGCAGAGUUUGACAGCCGCAGUCUGGCUAAGCUUCAAGAUUCUCCUUGUAUUUGCAAGGAAGAGAGCGAUGCUUCUCUGCGCCAGGAGCGAAAGGAACCGCCUCGAUUCUCCUAUGAUGAAAGAGAGACACGAAAUACAUUAAAGUCUGCCUCGAAGCUCAAAGAACUACCUAGGUUGUCACUGGACAGCAGGCAAAGUUCCUUGAGUUCUGCCUCUGAACCAAGGUUGAAUUUCCUCUUGAGGGAACUGCGAAAGGGGGAAAACGUAAUUGCCAGCAAAAUAGUCGAUGGCUACCAAGUACCAGGAAGCAAUAAGCGACCAUCUGGUGUUGUUGCAAAGCUCAUGGGUUUGGAAGCUUUUCCAGAUUCCGUUACCAAUGAUGAGGGUGAAACCAUAAAAGAUAAUUCGUGCCAUGAUAAGGAUUUUUUCACAAAAUCUUCAAAAGAAUCCGACAAAUGCAAGAAAAAUCCACUACGAAUCCAACAGAUGGUGCACAAGGAUCCCGCUUCACCAGUAUCCAAAAAUGGCAGCUUGGGAAUUCAACCUACUUCCAGUCCAAGGUUUCCUCUAGAAACAGCAUCCUGGAGGCAGCCCAAUGCCAUUAACGACUCUCCAAGAACAGGUCCAGGUAGUUGGAAUAGUUACAGAGACACCCCACGGACAUCCUCUUCAGUUUACGGUGAGAUUGAGAAAAGGAUAAGUGAACUUGAGUUCAGGAAAUCAGGCAAGGAUCUCAGAGCUCUUAAGCAGAUACUUGAAGCAAUGCAAAACACAAGGAUGAGGUUAGACAACAAAGAAGGAGAGCAAGCUGACUUGAGGUCUGAAACAAGCAGAUACAGCUUAGAUUACAGCUGCUGCAGUGACCUGGAUUCAACAGCAUUUAAAUGCCAAAGCAACAAGAUUGACCAUUUGGCUUCCAAGAAGGUGACUAGUUCUCCAAAGAGGUUCAACUCUUCAAUUUUGAUAACAAAACCAGCCAGAACUAUGGGCGAUGGCAGGAUUUCAGGUACGUCAGUGGUCCCUGCUGAUGCGCCACAUCUCCCAAACCUCCGGACUCGUGAAACUCUAUACACUAGAAAAGAUUCAGUUUGUAAACUGGCAGCAAAAGAUCUAACACCAAAGAAAACUACCCCCCAAAACCCACAUCACUGUAAAUCUUGCACAGACAAGAAGAUCAAUAGUAAGAUUCCAAAAGUAGUGCAAACAACAAGAGCACCUCAGCUGGCAAAGGUAGAAAACUACGUUGCCUUUGGGAGGAGUUCUGGUUCUGUGAGUCCAAGAUUCCAACAGAAGAACCAUGGGAUUGUAACACAACCUCAUCUGACAACUCCAUCCCCUGAAUUGGGAAAAAGAAGAGGCAAACUGAUCGAACCAGAUUCAAGUAGUAAACUCAGACCAAAAUCAACUUUGCACCGCCGUAAGGACAGAAUAAGCUGUACUACUGGCAACAAAGAAUUCAGUCACCAAGGUGAUACAGCUUCUAUACCAUCUGAAAGUACCAGUAGCUUAGCCUCCCAAACUGACACAGAAAUUACAAGCACAGGAUCUUCUACUGAGAUCAGAACCAGACGGAAAGUAGACCAAAAAGAAAGGAAUGGUGCAGCUAGGUUAGGUGAAGACAUGCCACUUGCUGAACUCAUAAUAGUCCCAACUGAACAACCAAGUCCAGUCUCUGUCCUGGACGCAACAUUCUGUAGAGAAGAUUCACUGUCUCCUGUGAAGAAGAUAUCAACUGUUUUUCAAGAUUACAGGACUCCAGAUCCUGAUGAAGCAGAAUGGCAUUAUCUUGGUGAUGGGUUCAAUCAAAAGAAACUAGAGAACCUAAAGCAAUUACUUCAUAAGCUCAGAUUGCUGAACACAGUUCCUGAUGAAGCUAGCACAUUUGAAUUCGAUUCUCUCAGCGAGAGACCUAGCCCGGAUCACAGAUACAUUACCAAGAUAUUACUAGCGUCGGGUCUCCUUGAAGACAUGUGUACAGUAUCAACAGAUAUUCAGCUCCAUUCAUCAGGCUAUUUGAUCAAUCCUGAUUUGUUCCAUGUACUGGAACAAACUGAGGAAAACACCAUGUCAGCAAAUGAGGAACACAGGCGGAGCAAUGCUCCUUUAAAGCUUGAUCAGAAAAUCCAUAGAAGGUUGGUAUUUGAUAUUGUAAAUGAAAUUCUUAUACGUAAAUUAGCUCCAGAAAGUUCCUUCAUGCAAAGAAAGAGAAACAGGACUGGGAAGGAGCUUCUGAGGGAGCUAUAUUCAGAGGUGGAUCAUAUCCAAGCAAAAACUGACUGCAGCCUAGAUAAUGCUGAUGAAACCACCUGCAUCUUAUAUAUGGAUAUGAUGCAACAACGUGAUGACUGGGCAGAUUACCCAAGUGAGAUUCCAGCAGUGGUGUUGGACAUGGAGCGACUCAUUUUUAAGGACCUGAUAACCGAGGUAAUUACUGCUCAGGCUUUGGGGCAGUGUGAUUGGACUGGAAGGCAAUGUAAAACCAUUUACUAAUGAGUAGUUAAUCUUGUGUUCUUUUCUUAACAUUCUCUUUCUUCCCCACCAUUAAUGGGUACCAUUGCUUGCAACUUCUCACAAUUCAGUUCCAAAUAGCUAGGAGUCUUGCUCAUGAGACACCAGCCAUCCUGUAAAGAAGAUGCUAUCUUACGUCUAACUACAAACAUCCUCGUACAUGAGAUGGAGUUUUCCCCUUUUCAUGUUCCAGAUACGUACUUGUGGAUGAAUCUUGUGUAUA